AUGCACGCCGCACUGUCGCCAACCAGACCUGUCUCCGCCGAGGAGCAGCAGGCCAUCAACGAUCUCAGAACGAUCCUGCCCUCGAUAGAAUGUCUGGAAGAUUCGUAUGUGUUGCGAUGGUUACGUGCAAAGGAUUUACGUUUCGAUGAAACCGCUGACGCCCUCAAGAAGCACGUCGUAUUCCGGAAAGCAUGGGAACUCGACACAAUUUCUUCCUGGGAAGCACCUGAGUGUCUGGAGAAAUACUGUGGAUAUGGCUAUUUGUCAGACAAAGAGGGACGGCCGAUUCUCAUGUCAUUACUGGGCAAUAUGGACGUAGAAGGAAUGCUAAAAUCGGUCGCCUCACUCGAUUACAUCAAAUUCUCCCUGGCAGCCAUCGAAAAAGGACUGGAACUGUGUGCUCAAAAAGCUAAACAAAGUGGUCGACCAUUCGAACAAAUGAUGUUAGUGUUUGAUUUGGACCACAUCGGCUCGGCACAUUUCUCAUGCAAGCAGUUUGCAAGCUCAUUCACCACUCUCGUCACUCUCUUCCAGGAACAUUAUCCACUGGUUUUGAAAAAAAUUCUGAUCAUCAGAGCACCUGAAAUGGCUCGAAUCGCCUACGCCUCAAUCACGGCCAUUCUCAGCGACCCCAUCACAAGGCUUAUUGAGAUGCCUUCUGAGGCUGAUUGGAAAUGGGCUUUGGCGCAAUACGUGAAUCUGGACGGGUGGCCUGUGCAUUGGGGAGGCAAUCGGGUCGAAAACGGAGAUCCAAAGUGUCCUGCCACCAUACGAUAUGGUAUGGGACCUGUUCCAUCUGAUUACUUUGUUGAUCCAAAGAGAGCUAUGCCAGACUACGAUCAGCUGACGACCGUUUACGCAGGCGAUAAGCAUCUGAUCUCAAUUCGAGUCAAAGAAAGAUGCAAAAUCUGCUGGCAAUACAUGACCGAUGACGAUGACAUCGGAUUCGCCAUUCAUUUCGAUCCCUCAUUUCAGGCGAACAAUCUCACGGAAAUGGAGGUCGUUCUAUCCUUACAUUCGCCUUGA